AUGACGUCGUCAUUGCUUACUCGGCCAUGGUCACAUCAUUCAAGCGCGGCUAGAGAACCAAACUACUUCGAUAUCCCCAUGCAAGCAUUUUCAACGGCAUCACCAUCCUUUCUCAUGAACCUUGUUACACCCUCGGCGACGGGCAUAAAUGCGAACCUCGACUCGCCAGGAUGGAAGACGCUCGGCUCGGUUGGUACCGCCACAGACGCGGCUUCAUCACCGCCCGCAACAACACCGGCGCUGCAUAGCGGACCAUCGCCCCCAUUUGGGGUCGAUCCUCCUCGUUCGCCACGCAACGGAGAGGCAUUCCCAGAUCCAGCAGAUGCCGAGUCCGUAUUUGUCCGAGUCCGCCCAUGUUCUGUCUUUACAGAGGCCAGUUCAAGCUUCUUCGUCACGCCGUACCAGCCGCGCGCCGCGGCUGACACCAAGCUCUACGGGUACUCCGCCAAAGAUUGCGGAUGUUACAGCCACAAGUCUAAAAAUUGGCAUGAUGAAGAAACGCUUGGUGACACCCAAGCACCUGCCAACGACGACCAAGCACAUCACGAGAAGGCUAUUCCAGGGUUAGGCAAAACUGGGACUUGGCUGCGCGAAGAAUUUGGAAAUGGGAAAAAGACUAUGAAAAUAUUUGGUCGCGUGCCAUGGAAUCGCAAAGAUUCCACUGCCUCAUUUAGCAGUGUUUCUAGCUCAAUAAGAGAAGUUCUCCGCGGAGACACACCACCGGCAUCACCAUUAUUGGCGGACAACGCUGCAUACCUCAAUCAUAAAUGGACGUCAAAUACCUUUCCAGGUGGCGAAGCCGUGCGAGUGAGCACUCCCCCAAUGGACGAGGACACGGCAGAUGGCAGGCCCCGCGGCUUCUUUGGCCUGCUGACACCUCCACAGCCCGAAACCGCCGGUUCGCAGGCUUUUCUUACUCCUAUGACCUCUGUGCAUGCAAGUCCGAAAUACAAUGCUCACCGCAUGAGCCUCGCCGUCCCUUCACGGGAGUGGUGGGAGGGGAAACCGCAGAAACCAGUCCGGUAUGGAGAAACGAGCUCGGCUGCCAAGUUUGAGUUUGAUGUGCCUGAGCAUCUGCCCAACAGCCCCAUGUGUCCAGCGAAUGGGCGUCAUAAAAGUGGCGGUACUGGCUUGUGUGUCUACCAUGGCCGGAGGAGAGCGCUGUCUACAGUUCGCGACGAAGGCAAUAGACGAAGGGACUCUGGCAGCACUAGCUGA